UAAUGUUUGUCUGUACAGUUCCGGUUGCUGGCUGAUUUGGAUUGUUCUACAGCAGUAGAGUCAGGGAUUUUCCACCAAUACUGUUUCUGCGAUGGGUUCAGAGAAACAUUAUUAUUCUAUUUUUUUCCUUUGUACAUCUUCUUCUUUUUGCCUCAAAUUAUAUAUCUCUAUCUUGGUGGUGUUUGUCCUGAGAGCCUGUGCAAACAAAGUAGAUGAGGAAGAUUAUGAGGACGCAAUGUUAAAUAGAACGUGGGUCCUGGCACCAAGAAUCCAUGAGAGUGAUGUGACCAAUAUUCUGAAUAACUUACUGAAAGGAUAUGACAACAAACUUAGACCAGAUAUUGGAGUGAGACCAACAAUGAUUGAAAGUGACAUCUACGUGAACAGCAUUGGACCAGUUGAUGCGAUUAAUAUGGAAUAUACAAUUGACAUUUUUUUUGCUCAGUCAUGGUAUGAUAGCCGAUUGAGGUUUAAUGGCACAAUGAAAAUUCUCAUGCUAAAUAGCAACAUGGUUGGUAAAAUCUGGAUCCCAGAUACGUUUUUCCGAAACUCAAGGAAGUCAGAUGCUCACUGGAUAACAACACCAAAUCGAUUGCUGCGAAUUCAGAAUGAUGGCAAAAUAUUGUACACACUGAGAUUAACCAUCAAUGCUGAAUGUUACCUCCAGCUUCAUGAUUUUCCUAUGGAUCAUCAUUCUUGCCCAUUGGAAUUCUCAAGCUAUGGGUAUCCAAAAAAUGAAAUUGAAUAUCGCUGGAAGCAUAAUUCAGUUGAGCUCGCUGACCAGAGACAUUGGCGACUUUACCAGUUUGCAUUUGUUGGAUUAAGAAACAUGACGGAUGUAAUGAGCACACAAUCAGGAGAAUAUGUCGUAAUGAAAUUAUUCUUUGACCUAAGUAGAAGAAUGGGCUACUUCACUAUUCAGACCUACAUACCUUGCUCACUCACAGUUGUCCUGUCAUGGGUAUCAUUCUGGAUCAAUAGAGAGGCAGUGCCAGCAAGAACAUCAUUAGGUAUUACCACUGUUCUAACCAUGACAACACUCAGUACAAUUUCUAGAAAGUCACUGCCAAAAGUGUCCUACGUGACUGCCAUGGAUCUCUUUGUGUCUGUUUGUUUUCUGUUUGUCUUUGCUGCCCUCAUGGAGUAUGGAACUCUACAUUAUUUUAGCAGCAAUAGAAAAAGCAGCCAAAAGAAGAAGCAACAAUCCAAACAAACAAAAUCACCUGUUAUUAAUGUCCGCCCAGGAUCAACAUUGAUUCAGGUGAACAACAUCUUACACGUACAAGAACAUGAUGACUACGGUUAUGAGUGUUUGGAUGGCAAAGACUGUAGCAGCUUCUUCUGUUGCUUUGACGAAUGCCAUACAGGAACUUGGAGGCAGGGCCGAAUACAUAUCCGUAUCACGAAAAUCGAUUCUUACUCUAGAAUAUUCUUCCCGACAGCAUUUGGUCUGUUCAAUUUGGUUUAUUGGAUCGCAUAUCUUUACCUAUAAAAAUAUCAUUCAGUGGCAUAAGACAAGGAUGAAUAAAUCAGCAGUGGUAGAAUUUUAGCCUAUACAUUGUUUGAUUGUGUUGGUCAUAAAAAAUGAAAUAUUAUUUAACACUUUCAGAAAAAGAAAAAAAUAAUGUGAAAAAAUCAAUUUUUAUCAUUGUCUGGAUUAGUUAACUUGCUUCCAAGUGUACAGCUUACCUUGAAUUCUUGUGCCAUAUACAUAACUCAUGCACAUUUUCAAAUAUUGAUAUUUUUCAAGAUGUACAUUUGAUAAAAUACAAACAUUUAUAUCCAUUUUAAGACAUGCAUUUUUGUCAUAUGGCAGACAACAGAUUGAUAGGUGACACACAUUGCAACUUGGGCAGUAUCAAGACAAAUCAGUUAUCAAGGACAAAUCUACAUAAAAUCCAAUCAAUCGUUCUUUAGAGAACACUGUUUCGGAUACAAAAUAGAACUAAAUCUAAUCUAAACUGGAACACCAAAUGUUAUCGGCUUUUAAGCCCAUUUUCUGCUCAUUUCAUUUAUUGCAGUUGAUGAACAAUUGUGGUGUUGACCAAAAUUAUAAAAUCAACUAUCCUCUCCUACUGAUUUUUUUUUACUGUAGUGCGUGGGGAAGUGCAUUGUCAUUUUAGUAAACCUGCUCAAUGCCUGGGAAAUCGUAUUCAGUCUAAAUUAUGUGAUUUAUGAAGAGGUAUUCACAGAUGAGAUAUAAAAUUCAAUGUAACAGCUAAUUUUGAUCAUUGUAAAAUACAUUUUGAUGUUAUCAUGAUUUCCUGAUCAUGUUUACAUUUCAUAAAGAUUAAGUGCACUUAACAUCAAUGUGAUCUUGGUCAGCAAGUUGUGAUAUGGCAUAAAGGUAGCAGCCAAUCUUGGAUGCUGUAAUAGUGAAAGGGAUGUAUAUCCCACAGGCACCAAAUCAUUUCUUAUCCCAGAGAGAUAUUGCCAGUGAUCUAUUUGGUGAAUUUUGCAUUUCAAUUAGAUCACACAGUUUGCAUCAAUAUAACGCUGCUUCAACUUAGUACAGUGCAAAUUGUGUAUUGUAGAUCACAAAUAAAGAUGUUAGAUUAUACAACAUAAUUAACUUCCUCCAGUCUAACAGCAUGGCCAAGUUCCAUACAUUCAUUGCAGAAGAGGUACAUGUUAUUGAUCAAUGUUCCAACCCCAUAAGUACAUUCUAUCAUUAGUAACAAAAACGGCUGAGCUGCAGUUGAAAAUAAUGAUUUCAUUUCGAAAUUAAAUUAAAAAAUAUACAUGCAGAAAAAUUACGUACAUUCAAUUAUUAACAUACUCUCAAAGGAAGAACAAUAUUGAGGGGUAUAUUACAAAGUGGAUACUGGCUUUUUAUAUCUAAUAAAAAUCCCAGUGUUGCUCAUUUCUGAUAAUCAUAUUAAAGGAAGUGAGCAAUAAUAAAUUAAAAUAUGUUUUCUUUUGGUGCACAAUGCACCCACAUUUGUGUGAAUGCAAGUAAAUAAAUGAAAUAUCCUGAUUAAAUAAUAUUACAUUUAUAUAGUCCCAUUUAGUAUUUAAACUCGGUAUUAAAUCUAACAAAUUAAGUGACUGACCUUUCAUAAUAAUUAAUAUAAGCAUUUCAACCAAUAUGUGGUAUAUGCUGAGCUUUCACAUGUUGACAUAAUACAGUGAAUGUCAUUAGAAUUUUAUACAACAAAUGUUAUAUUUUACUAUACAAAUUAUCACCAGCUUUUUAGUUUCUUCCAACUUUCAUCAUCCUUUCCUGAGCAUUCAGAAGAUAGUAGAAGUUAUUUUAGAGAGCAUUAAAUGAAAAUAGCAUCAGAUUAAAUGGUGCUGCCAGUCCACUUAUAUUCACAGUGUUCCUGAUCUAUCCAUUGCUAAACUUAUCAUAAAGCAGAAUAUUUAUUGACUUUAUGUACCAUACUUCCACAUCCUAUCCUAUGUUCUCUACUAAAAGAAGUAAAGAGAGAGGAACUGAAAACGUACCCAUGGAUCUAGAAAGACAGCCUUUUCUCUCCUUUUAAUUUUGUUAAAGUAAACUGCUACUCACGGAAAAUAUCGGCAAUCUAUUCUACCAGCAAACUUACUGAUUUAAAAGUAUCCUAAACUCAAGCUGAAAGGGAACGUUUACCUAGAGAACGUUUACUUAGAUAACGUUUACCUCGGCUUGUACUCGCCAGAAUUUAGAAGAUUGAGGGGGGAUCUUAUAGAAACUUACAAAAUUCUUAAGGGGUUGGACAGGUUAGAUGCAGGAAGAAGUCCAGAACAAGGGGUCACAGUUUAAGGAUAAAGAGGAAAUCUUUUAGGACCGAGAUGAGAAAAACAUUUUUCACACAGAGAGUGGUGAAUCUCUGGAAUUCUCUGCCACAGAAGGUAGUUGAGGCCAGUUCAUUGGCUAUAUUUAAGAGGGAGUUAGAUGUGGCCCUUGUGGCUAAAGGGAUCAGGGGGUAUGGAGAGAAGGCAGGUGCAAGAUACUGAAUGGAUGAUCAGUCAUGAUCAUAUUGAAUGGUGAUGCAGGUUCGAAGGGCCGAAUGGCCUACUCCUGCACCUAUUAUCUAUGUUUCUAUGUUUCUAACAGAAUCUUCCAGCCUUUUAGAGAAGACAAGAAUAACAAAUGUAAACAGCCCGAAUACUAGGAAUGAAUUAGUCAUAUGGGUAAUUAAUUGAAAAGUACAUGAAUAAUUUGCCUUCCCAAAGAUGCAGCAAGCAAAAUUAGUUAAUCUUAUAUUAAAGAAAUCACUUAAAAAGUGAAAAUAAUAUAUAUAUAUAAUUAUAAAUGUUUUGUAAUACACAGUGCAGUGAGGUAAUAAAGAGAUUUGUAAAGUACUGAUAAUCAAUAUAUGAAAAUCAAUAGACGUUGGGGAAGUAAUGGCAGUGUGGAAUUAAACCAGCGUGGUGCCUAUAAUUAGAAAAGCUGACAAAACAGAGCAAACACCCGUUGCAUCAGUAUUAUUUUCAUGCAAAGACAGUAAUGGAAAUGAUUUCUGGGGAGUAAUAAUAAAUUGAUUGAAGGUGUUGCCAUUGAGUUGGAAGGGAAAAUACUAUCUAAUGUAUGUAAGCAAUCUCUUUAAGGAAAUCACAGCCACUACAGACUGCAACCAUUCACACAUACUAACUUUCAAAAGACAAUUGAUAAAAUUGUAAUGAAAUACUAUCAAUAAAAUUCAAAAGAAGACCCUAUUAAAUAUACAACACAGGUUGGAAAAAUGUAGGAAGCAUAGAUGAUGCGUUAUAGAUGACUGAGUGAGAUAAAGUAUUGGAGACGUUUCUCAGUGGUCCUCAGUUCUUUCUGGGUACAUGAAUUACAGUGAGCUGAGAAGCACUUUGUUAAUACAUUGUGAUCAUGUGGAAUUAUGUGAAUAGAAGGUGAAAAUUGUAGUACAUUCUGGAAUAUUAUCCUUUUGCUAUUGUUAAAUGUAAACAGCUAUAUUUAAGCUUUAAAGACAGUUUCCGAUGAGAAUAAGUCAAAUAACAGCAAAUUAAAGGCAAAGCUGAGUUGUUGAACUGAAGUAAAAUUAGCAUUGGGGGUGCUACUUUCAAAUCCAAUAAAUGCCGCUGUUAUUGUUCACUUCAGUCAGUUAUUGCAAUUGUUGUAUUGUAUUCUUGCCUAUGGAAAGCCUCACUAAUCAACAAACAAUCCAGUGGUUGUCUUGAAUGGUCACAGAUUAGUCACACAUUACAUAAACACAAAAAGCUGGAGUAACUCAGCGGAACAGGCAACAUCUCUGGAGGGAAGGAAUGGGUGACAUUUCGGGUUGAGGUACAUAGAUAAGGAAGUGGGAAGGUGUGAAAACAGGGCAAAGGGAAUGGGGAUCAAGGAAAAUGUAGAAUAGAUCAUUGUUAGAUGGAAGAAAGUAACAACAAAGCAAACAGAUAAAAUGUUGUCAGAGACAGUAAGACUGGUCGGAGAACUGGAAAGGGAGAGGGAUGAAGAGAGAAGGAAAGCAUAUGUUACUUGAAGUUAGAGAGGUCAAUGUUCAUACCACUGUGGUGUAAGCUGUCCAAGUGAAAUAUGAUGUGCAUAUCUUGCUCACAAAUGGAUGAGCUCUGUUGCUUCAAUAGUCAGGUUCAUAACUGUAUCACCCUGUUAUUGGGGAAUAGCAUGGUGUGCAAUCUUCAUGGAAUGAGUGCACAACAUGUUGUAGGUUAUUUACUCAUAUUUCCGAUGUGCUUCCUUCUUGUUGACGGCAGGGUUUGAUGCAGUGGUUUAAAUAUAUCCAACAGAAAAUGAGCGUGAUCUUACUGCAGGACAAAGCGUAUGGUUUUGUGAGGGUGCUCAAAUGAAAAUUGCUACAUAUUCAUUACCACAAUUAAAGUUGGACGAUUUGAAGGUAUUUCAAACAUCCUGGAUAAAAAUAUAAGAGCCAAUAAAUCUUGAUAUUUAAUUCUCAUCUUCAUACUAUUCAAUAAUGAAGUAAAAGUAACUCUACAAUUAUCGACCAUUGUGUUGCCACAUUUUGAAAAUGCUACCUGAAGUGUUUUAAUAACUGCAGAGUGAAAUCGUACAUAUCUCCUAUAUCCACCCAGACAAUUGAACCAGUGAAAUACAUUCUCAUGUCGUAGAGAACACAAAAUAAUGGAGUACCUCAGCAGGUCAGGCAGCAUCUCUGGAGGACAUGGAUAGGCGAUGUUUUGGGUUAGGUCCCUUCUUCACACUUGCUUCCAAAAUGCACUGAAGAAGGGUCCCGACCUGAAACACCACCUAUCCUUGUCUUCCGGAGAUGCUGCCUGACCUGAUGAGUUACUCCAUCAUUUUGCCUUCUAUGAAAGAUUCAGCAUCUACAGUUCCUUGUGAAUCCAUUCUCAAGCUUUAUUAUCUAUGCCUUCCAAUUAUAUCAUUUUACAACCAUCUAGACUAUCUAGUUGUUGUUAUCAUUAAAAUGUUCAUAAGAUAUUCAGUAAUUUUACAUUGUAAUUGAUGUUCUGUGUUUCUUUUCGAUGUAUGCAUUGUACUGUCUUGUUGCAUGGCCUAUCUGUAAAAUGUAACUCCUAGUUUACUGAUUCUGUCAAAUGGGAUCCUAUUUUCAAAUGGAUAGGAAUGUUUGAACAAGACUAAUGCUGCCCAGACUUUUUUUAAAGGAAAUCCUAACUUAAAUAUAAUUAGAAAAUUACCUUA